AUGUCAACCCUAUCCGGCUUCACCUGGCCCCGGAACGCCAAGACCAAGCGUAGCUCACCCUCCUCGCCUAUCCUCAUCUCCGACCACCGUCCCCUUAUCAUCGGUCUGGCUGUCGCAGGUGCAGUGACGAGUAUAGUCUUAAUCUACACAGUCUUCUUCUUUAUUCUCAAAUGGCGCAAACUUCGUGCGGCUAAACAAAGCAAGGAUAUCGAAUCUGAAGGUAAAAUCGAGCUCCAAGACAAUGACCCCUCACCUGGUGUGAGGAAGGAGAAUGGGAAGCUGGAUUUUGUGGAGGUUGACUUGGGUGAGGAGAAGAGCAAGGAGUGA